AUGGCUGAAGAUAUUUACAGACGAAUUUGUAAUGAAAUAUCUAAUAUAAACAUCGAAUAUACAGAAGAAAUCUAUAAUGAAGCAUUGAUAAUGAUUGAAGAUUUGUGCUUAGAAAUCGCGAAUAAAAUUUUAAAUCAAUUGGGAAUGCCAACACCAAAUCGUAAUGUUGCUGCAUCGUUUGAAAUAGAAUUACUACGUGAAAAAAAUUACAACAUGGAUGAAAUGAAGUCGUAUAUGCAAACAAAUUUAGUAAAAUUAACACAAGAGCAAAAAGAAAUAUAUGAUCAAAUAAUGCAAAGAGUCAGUGACGGGGAAGGAAAAAAAUUCUUCUUAGAUGCGCCAGGAGGAACUGGAAAAACAUUCUUAAUUAAAUUGAUUUUGGCAGCAAUUAGAUACAAAAAUGAGAUAGCUUUAGCUCUUGCAUCGUCAGGAGUAGCUGCAACAUUGUUACCAGGAGGAAGAACAGCUCAUUCGGCUUUAAAAUUACCAUUGAACAUGCAAUUCAUUGAAACAGCAGCAUGCAACAUUUCUAAAGCUUCAAGUAUGGGAAAAAUAUUGCAGAAAUGUAAACUUAUUGUUUGGGAUGAAUGCACAAUGGCGCACAAAAAAGCGCUUGAGGCUUUAAAUCGAACUUUGCAAGAUUUGAGAGGAAAUAAUAAACCUUUUGGAAACGCAUUAAUAUUGCUGGCAGAAGAUUUCAAACAAACAUUACCAGUAAUUCCUCGAUCGACACCAGCGGAUGAAAUAAAUGCAAGCCUGAAAUAUUCUAUAUUGUGGAAACAUGUAAAGACGUUAAAAUUAACUACAAAUAUGCGUGUUCAAAUGCAAAAAGAUCGAACAGCUAAAAUAUUUUCUAAACAAUUACUAGAUAUUGGGAAUGGAAAGAUUGCAAGUGAAGUAGUAACAUAUAAGUCUUUUGAUACUGUUAUGGAUGAAAAAGAAGCGGUAAAUUAUCCAACAGAAUUUUUGAAUUCAUUGGAUUUGCCAGAAAUGUCACCUCAUGUACUACAAUUAAAAAAAGGAGUGCCAAUUAUUAUGUUGAGAAAUAUCAAUCAGCCGAAACUUUGUAACGAGAUUCUCGUCGUGGAGAGGAAAGCGGGCCGGGCGGAGGAUUCUCUUGGAAACUGUUCCGUGAGUUCUUCGAGGAUGACCCUCUCUGUCCCCGCGGGAGAAUUUUUAGUAAUUAAGAAGACUGCUUCGCCCACGGUUUUUGAACCGUGGUUUUCCCAUGAGACGAAGGGCGAAUGCCGAGACUUGAGGAGUCCUUUUAGGACGACGGGUCCACGGUGGUUACCCCCCCUCUUAUGCAAAGAAGUGAAGAGGAAACGCCGCUGUGAGUGCGUUCUCUGCGUGGGUGCAACUGCGAGAAGAAGCUUCAGAAAGCUAAUCACUCUGCAAGGCGGAAGUGGGACAGGAGAACCUUUCGAGGAAGGAAAAGAUUCUUCAGAAAACCUGAACAACGCAGUCUAA